CAACAAGGAUUCGCAGAGUCUCAGCAGCAGCUGUUGUGUUGACGACGGAGGCGAGCGACGAGUGCUCGAUUGAAUGAGGCAAUCACCACGCCAUCGGCAUCAGCGGCUACCGCAAUGGCGUCAGGCGGGGACGCGACCUACCUGGCCCUGCUGGGUUUGGCCGAAGAGUUCCGCACCAUGAGCCCUCCGAGCAUGAAAAACUGUAUACGCUGCCUUUUAGCCGUGUUCCAGCUCAACCCUGCUCCCAGGAUCGAGGCUUUGACGCACCUUCAGCUGGGUCAAAACCUCAUGCUGUACACCAACAACGCUGAUCUUGCUCAGUCACAUCUCGAGAAAGCAUGGUACCUCUCCCAGAAUAUCGCAGGUAUGGAUGAUGUGAAGUUUCAGGCGGCUAGUGCAUUGGCCGAUCUGUAUGAAAGAAGAAACCAGACAGCACUGGCGAAGCAAAUCCUGAAUACAGCCAUCGAGUGUUCCCGGCACUCUACGCUUUGGCAUUGCCGUCUCAUCUUCAGAAUUGUUCAAAUGUUUGCCACGGAACGAGACUACCCAAGUGCCUGCAGCUUUUUGAGUGUCGGGGCAGAGUACGCUCACAUGAUGGGAGCACAGUACACACGUAUUCUUUUCCUUCUCAGCGAAGGCAUGCUGCUGAUGGUGGAUCGCAAGCUGGCUGAGGUGCAUCAAGUGCUGAGUCAGGCAGGACAGCUAGUGGAAGCAUGGCAGGGCUCCACCCAGCACAAGGAAGCGCUCAAGGUGUUCUUCCUCGUUCUACAAGUCUGCCACUACCUUUCUGCGGGGCAGGUGAAGAGUGUGAAACCUUGCCUGAAGCAGCUUCAGCAGGGAAUCCAGACCAUCACAUCGUUGCACUCAGAUGAGGAGACUGUCCCAUCAAAUCCUGGAGAUAUGUUUCAUUGGAUGCCCAAGGAGCAUAUGUGUGUCCUGGUCUACUUGGUUACAGUGCUGCAUUCUAUGCAGGCUGGCUACAUGGACAAAGCACACAAGUACACUGAUAAGGCUCUUAUGCAAAUUGAGAAACUUAAAAUUGUCGACAGCAACCCAAUCCUGCAUUCAUUCCAAUUGCUUCUCCUGGAACAUAUUGCCAUGUGUCGCUUGGUCAUGGGCAAUAAGACUCUCGCCAUACAAGAGGCAUCGCAGGCCCUGCAGAUAUGUCGUCAAGAGCCACGUCUGUUUGCCCGUCACAAACCUCAACUGCAUACACUUCUGGGCUUGUAUGCCAUGUCCAUGAACUGCAUGGAAGCUGCUGAAGCUCAAUUCAACACAGUCCUCAGGAGCAUGGCAUCACCAGAGCUACGAAUCCUGGCCAGCCUAAAUUUGGUCAUCGUGUACCUGCGGUGCCAUCGAGAGAAGGAACUUCAGGAGCUGCUCGUUCGGCUUAAUCCGGAGACUCUACCAUCAGCGUCACACAGUUUACGAGCGGCUGCCUAUUAUGUUCAUGGAUUCAAUGCCUUCUUCCAAGCCCGCUACAAUGAUGCCAAGCGCUACUUGCGAGAGACGCUCAAGAUGGCGAAUGCUGAAGACCUGAACCGUCUCACCUCCUGCUCACUGGUGCUUCUGGGGCACAUCUUCUUCUCGCUGGGCAACAGUCGGGAGAGCAUGAACAUGGUCACUCCUGCCAUGCAGCUGGCCAGCAAAAUCCCAGAUGUGCAUGUUCAGCUCUGGGCAUCUGCUCUCCUCAAGGACCUGUACCGACUGUGCGGCCAGCCACUGCAGGAGCAGGAAGCCAUCCAGACACAUGCCAGUUUCUCACAACUGUUGCUCAAGGACCACUUUCAGGCAUCCCAGCUGCCAGAACACAACUUGAUACAGUGGAUUGACGGAGAGCCCCCUGUUAUGAACACAGCAUCAACCAGCUCGGCAAUUCCAUAAACUGGCAUUGUUAAGGGCUUCUUUCGAAGCCAACAUCCUAUGCCUGCACGCUUAUAGUUAAUGACAACCCCACCUGUGCGAAUGUCCUUUUGAGCAAGGUUCCUUAUCAGCCAGAGCGCCUAUGUAAGAGUGUGUCAUGUUUGCCACAUUGUGAUAAGCUGCAAGAAUGUUUUCUCCUAGUUUAUUUUCGCAGACAUGGGGACUCGCAUGUACAGGCAUACCUCCUUCCUUUCCUUUAACCUUACUCCUCAGAGAUCUACUGUAAUACAUUAGUCCUAUUGAUAUAUGCGUGAUCGCUAGCCACAAUGUGUAAAUUCACCUUAGUGCACGCAAUUGACUGUCCUUUAGGUCUAAGAAAACAAGUGAUUCACUUCAUUCAUAGCUGUCCACAGUUGUGGGCAUUUGUGGCAUUUAAUGUGCAGUCAACAUCAGUUACUGUUGUAAAUUUUUCCCAUGUGUUUAUAUUUACAGACCUGUGGAAUGUACAUUUGUGUCAUAUGCCUUUUAUUUAGAAAGUUACCACAGUAGGAGAACUGACUUGUAUAUAGCGUCGUGACAAUUGGCAGCCUGUAAAUGCUACCUUGAGAAGUUCUACACAUAUACUGUGAAAAAGCAUUGCAUGCUUUGCUGUUGUGUGUCUAGUAGUAUGUGAAAGAAAUUGUUUAAAACAUGUGGCCUAAGAUUUGGUUGCACAUCGAUGUCUCUUUCAGUUUCACCAUGCUGCCUUUGAUAUUUCCGAAUGAUUUCCAGAGCUUGGAAACUUUGCAAAAGCACAUUGACCUCAACAAAUUGGAAAGCAUGCAUAUUUGUGCAGUGAGCAGGUUUAUGAGGCCAAUAUAAAGAAUAUGACAGAAGAGCUGUCUGCCAACUUGAAUGUUUAAUGAGGACAAAGGACAAAAAAGCAACACUAUUGCACAAGUGGCUGCCUACCAAGCGAUCAUUAAUUGUGGUUGGCAGAAGUUUUCACGCAUUCACAAUAAAUGUAGAUUUGGCAGACAGCGCUUGUGCCAAAUUAUUCUGAUAUUGUCUUCUGUCCCCAUUUACUCACGUUGUUUCAUUGCAUUUGCAAUAAACUAGGAGUGUUCUAGUAGUGACAUUACAGAACUGAAUACGAAUACAGCCGUACCUCAAUAUAAUUAUAAAGAAGUGAAUGUAAAAUUUGGUCAGACAUGGUUUAUUUCAGUGGAGUAUUUAUCCUCCAGCUAUAACAAAAUUGAAAAUGCAAGAUCCGACUUGUAUCAGUUACUAUGUAGCAAAUUUUUGUUUUCGCAUGACUCCAAAAUUCUGGUAGCAAAAAUGUCAUAGUCUCCAACCAACUUUUGAGAACUGUGCGAUUUCAGGCAUGAACCAUGCAUUAGAUGCUGCAAACAUGGCAAGCAUGUCGACUGGCAUGAAACCACAACUACAAUUGCCAACUGCCAACGAAGCGGCGCUGGUUAGGCCUAGCAACCUAAGUAGUGUGGCCGGUGGAGUGGCUGGUGUGAAGCUGUUGUGGGAAGCUCGCAACCAAUACGUUCGCACUCGUAGACUUUAUCGGCGAUAGUGACAUCAGAUGCACGGGCUAGACUCUAACUGAAGCCGUAAUCGAAUAUUCAAAGAAACGAAAUAUAAAAUUCUAAAUCAAAUACUACUUGGAUUUAAAAUUGAUUUGAAUAUUUACAUACACUUAAGUGUUUUCAUCCAGUCUUUAUUUUCCUCACUUACCUGUGUGCUGCACAAAUACGUGAAAUUCUGGUUUUCCUGUGUGCUUCUUUCACAUAAGCAUGCACUGUAUCAUAAAAACAUGUUAGUUGUUCCCUCCCUCCUGACGCAAGCCGUCCAGAAAGGUGCAUGUGACAAAGCUCAAUAUGAGUGAUGUUUGUGAUUUCCUGUGUACAGAUUUCUCAGGGCAAACAGUAGGCUAUUCUUUUUAUUAUGUAACUUUUUGUGAUUAAUUUUCCACCUAUGCAAACUCACACUAGUGAGCACAUUGCAUGGAUUCUUAAAACAAUCUAUAUUCGUGCUAUAAUAGACUUCAGCUUCGUUCACACUUGGGAAGCGGAAAGAGAGCGAAAACUCCAAAGCGGGCAAAACAUCUUUUCUGCACAUGUCCAAGAUGUUCACAUUUGUUUUGCCACCGCCGCCUUCACCAAAUCUAACUACUGUGAGGACAUUUGUCUGCAUAGUGGCACUUGUCACCAUACACCAUUUCAAGCUUCAAGCAGUUGUUUCAUUCAUUGAUCCAUUGGUCAUGAAAAUAAGUGGUUCCAUGAAGUGAUUGCGUGCAUCUAUGCCCGUGCUGAUUUUUAAUGAACAAAUGAAAUAAAUAGUUUUAAUCCAUUUAAGCUUUUUAUUUCUGGAGAUGCACAACGAGCCCAGCUGAAGAAGCAGACACCCCAGAAGCGACAAUGAUGAAAUUGACUGACUUUGCAAAAGCAAGAAGUUUGACAUGACAAUGCUUAGCUGUUUCACCUUCUGCUAGUACUCCGCUCCUUGGUAAUCUUCAUCCAAAUCUCGCUUUUUUGGAACGAGUCUUUGUAGAGGCUCCGAGUUUUAUUGUACACCAAUGAGUUUUUUUCAUUAUUUCAAUUAGCAUCGCUGCUGAAACUUUGGGUGCCAUUUUUAAUGUUUCCAUGUCAGUGCAGGUUUCGGCGUAGCAGAACGACAUUAUGCUUUCGCCAAGGCAAAAAAAUCGAUCCGAGGCCGAUCUGGCUUGCCGCUUGGUUUUCCGGCCACUUAGGCGAAAAAGCGGGUGAAUUACUCAGCGAUUUAUUUCUGCUUGUGAGUGCUCCCAGACCAAGUGUGAACGUAGCCGAAGCACUGCUUUGAACCAGCGUACAACUAUACGUAUGCAUUUGAAGAACAUUAUUACACAUAGCACAGACGUCCAAUUUAGCGUUUGUGACUGGUGGCUGGAUGAUGUCAGCAGGCUCAUAAUGUGCUCAUGGCACUGCUACUACCUUUUGGUAUUUUAUUUGCUGCAUUUUGUGUUUACAUCUAUAUGGUACUUAUUUACUAGAAUUGUAUGAACCUAUUGCAUAUUGAAAACUCGUAUGGAUACUAGUUACCAGUACUCCAACGCCUGUGUUAAAAUAAAAUGUAUAGCUGAUCCCUU